AUGUCUGAUUGGAUCUCAACAUUUCCCGGGUAUAAGCAGGUUCUAUCCUCGGGUAAGAAGAUGUUCGGCAGAGUGAUACAAACAGGACCAGUGCCACAGCAUGUUGGGAUUAUAAUGGACGGAAAUAGAAGGUAUGCCCGAAAUCACAAAAUCGAGAUUAAGGAGGGCCACAGUAUGGGAUUCAACACCAUGGCCAAUAUCUUGGAGUUGCUUUACGAGUGUGGAGUGAAGGUGGCAACUGUUUAUGCAUUCUCGAUUGAAAACUUUAACCGAACCAGUUACGAAAUUAAGUGGUUGAUGGACUUGGCCAAGUCGAAAUUCACCCAGAUCAACCAGAACGGAUUGAUUUGCGAGGAAUACGGAGUACGAAUAAAAUUGAUUGGAAAUUUGAAAUUAUUACCGCCAGAUGUGUUGCAAAUUUUACGCGAGACUGAAGAAAUUACCAAAAACAACACUAGGGCGGUUUUGAAUGUUUGUUUCCCCUAUACAUCUAGGGACGAAAUGACGCACGCAGUGAAGAGCAUUGUAAGUGAGAGCACCAAGGAUAGGAUUACUGUUAACGAAGAGACUGUGGCACGUCAUCUUUACACGGGAAAUCUGCCUCCUUUGGAUCUUUUAGUGAGAACCUCAGGCACAUAUAGGCUAUCAGACUUUUUAUUAUGGCAAUGCGUCUCUCCCGACUGUGCAGUUGUUUUUGUUGAAAAAUUAUGGCCUGAGUUCAAACCGUGGGAUAUGCUAAAAAUAUUGAUCAAUUGGAGCUUCAACAAAUAUUGGUAUGGCAGUUCCAGUGGAUUUGGUUUGAAUCCAAGAGUGCUAAAGAAAGCGGCGGAGGAUCAUGAUGUGGAGCUUUUGAAUCUGCCAGCAGAAGUUGGGUUUGAGAGAAGAAUGAAAAUUGAUGACGACGAUGAUGAGGUUACAGAUGUGAGCAGUAAUAUAGGAACUGAGGAGGAAACUAUGACAUCUGAGGACGACGUUGACCCUAGGGUAAAUACUAAAAUAGCAUAA